AUGGUCAUCUUAACAUACUUCCUUCUUCUCUUCAUCCCUCAAGCAACAUCAAUUACUUUCAAUUUCACAAAUAUUGGUCCACAACACCUGUCCAAUGACAUAAACAUAAUGGGUGAUGGAUAUAUCUCCGAUGAAGGAAUCCAAGUUACUGCAGAUGGGAAUGGAACAACAAAGUUCUACAGAGAAGGACGGGCUACAUACAUCCAACCACUUCACCUUUGGGAUAUCGCCUCCGGUGGGCUAGCAAGCUUCACCACCUAUUUCUCCUUCGUGAUAGAUUCAGACUCGAAUGCAUAUUAUGGCGAUGGGCUCACAUUCUUUCUCGCUGAGAACAAUUCAGUCAUAUCAGCUGGUUCGUCCAUGGGGCUUCCCAUCAAUGGCUUAGAAGAUACGAAGAGCCCAUUUGUUGCAGUGGAGUUUGAUACAUUUGCAAACCCGGAGUGGGAUCCAAGAAACUCUAGCAAUGAUUUGAUAGGUGAUCAUGUAGGUAUCAGCAUUAACUCUCUUAAGUCUGUUGCUUCUCAGAAAUGGUUAAGCAAUAUAGUUGGUGGGGGAGUCUGUCAAGCAUGGAUUACAUAUGAUUCUCUUUCUAAAAAUCUUAGUGUUUCCUUCACUGGUUUUCAAAGUAAUAAAAUUGUACGUCAAUCGUUUUAUUACAUAGUCGAUCUGAAGGCCGUUUUGCCUGAAUGGGUUAUAUUCGGGUUUUCAGCUGCAACUGGAAAUGCGUUCCAGAAAAAUACUGUAAAGUCUUGGGUUUUCAAUAGUUCUGAUCUACAGAUGGAUGCAAAUAAUGUCAUGCCACCUAUAAGUGGCCUAAAUCCUGUAAAAGGGAAGAAUAGAACAGUACUGGUAGUGAGCUUAGUAGUUGGUUUAUCUGUUUUGAUUACUUUUCUGGCUCUACUUGCCUUCUACGCAUGGAGGAAGAAGAAAAGCAGGGAAGAGGAACAAGGAUUUGAUGUUGGAAUGACUAAUGAAUUCGAAAUGAACACCGGACCCAAAAAAUACUCAUACCGAGAAUUAGCUCGAUCAACUAAUAAUUUUGCAGAGGAUCAGAAACUUGGUGAAGGAGGCUUCGGUGGGGUUUACAGAGGUUUCUUGAAAAAAUCGGGUACGCAUGUUGCAGUCAAAAGGGUGUCGAAAGGUUCCAAACAAGGUAUCAAAGAGUAUGCCUCCGAAGUCAAGAUCAUCAGCAGAUUAAGACAUAGGAAUCUAGUUCAACUCACAGGUUGGUGUCAUGAGAAAGGCGAAUUAUUGCUUGUUUACGAGUUCAUGGAGAAUGGAAGCUUAGAUUUACAUCUUUUCAAGGAAAAAACCUUGUUGAAAUGGGGCACAAGGUACAAAAUCGCCCAUGGGCUAGCUUCUGCAUUGCUGUAUCUACAUGAAGAAUGGGAGCAAUGUGUUCUGCAUAGAGAUAUCAAAGCCAGCAAUGUGAUGUUGGACACAAAUUUUAAUGCGAAGCUUGGAGAUUUUGGGUUAGCUAAGUUGGUUGAUCAUGAGAAAGGUUCACAAACAACCAUGUUGGCUGGAACCUUGGGUUACAUGGCGCCUGAAUGUGUAGUAACUGGUAAGGCAACAAGAGAAUCAGAUGUGUUUAGCUUUGGAGUUGUUGCUUUAGAAAUAGCUUGUGGGAGAAAACCCAUCAUGUACAUGGCUCAAGAAAACCAAAUACAGUUAGUAGAAUGGGUUUGGGAGAUCUAUGGAGCUGGGACACUACAAGAGGCAGUGGAUCCGCGGCUAGGAUCAGAGUACGAGGAAGAAGAGAUCAAACGUUUGAUGAUCGUUGGGUUAUGGUGUGCACAACCAGACCCAGACCUUCGCCCAUCAAUGAGACAUGUUAUUCAGGUACUGAACUCCGAAGUUUCCCUUCCCAUACUCCCCUCAAAGAUGCCGGUAGCCUCUUACUUGUCUUAA